UUCAGUAUACUUAGAAAGUAUGCUAGUGGGAUGGAGCUUAGUUAAAUAAGCGCGCAGCUUCCUCGUUGUGUGUUGUGUGUGUAUUUGUUGUUAGUGCAAGAAAGUGCAACAUCUGAUCUGAUCUAAGGUUGAUGGAUCAAGAACUACACAUAUUGUUCUUUCCCUUUCUGGGUCAUGGACACAUGAUACCCAUGAGUGAUAUGGCCACACUCUUCGCUACAAGAAGAGGGGUGAGGGCAACUAUAGUUACCACCCCCCUGAACGCACCUACUAUUUCUAGGACAAUACAAGAAGGAGGAGAAGAUGAAGGAACUCAUGCCAAUAUACAAAUCCGAACCAUCAAAUUCCCGUGUGCAGAGGCUGGCUUGCCCGAAGGAUGCGAGAAUCCAGAUUUAGUCCCCUCCUCGGCCAUGAUUCCUAACUUCCUCAAGGCAACGACAAUGCUACAAGGCCCCUUGGAACACCUCCUCCUCCAAGAACAUCCAGAUUGCCUUAUUGCCAGUGCUUUCUUCCCUUGGGCAACUGAUUCUGCUGCUAAAUUCAAUAUCCCAAGGAUCGUCUUUCACGGCACUGGUGUGUUCUCCUUGUGUGCUGCAGAAUGCAUCCGCCUCUACGAGCCUCACAAGAAGGAGAAUAUUGUUUCUUCUGAUUCAGAGCCCUUUGUGAUUCCUCAUCUUCCCGGUGCCAAGGAGAUAACAAUGACAAGGAAUGCUUUGCCUGAUUACGUUAAAAGCGACGAUGAAGAAGCUGAAUCCUCAAGGUCAAGAAUAGUGAAGGCUAUCAAGGAAUCAGAGGUCACGAGCUUCGGAGUGGUUGUUAACAGCUUUUAUGAACUUGAGCAGAUCUACGCAGAUUAUUACGACGAGGUGCAGGGAAGGAAAGCGUGGUACAUAGGCCCGGUUUCUCUAUGUCGUGGUGGGGAGGACAAGCACAAGGCCAAGAGAGGUUCAAUGAAGGAAGGAGUGUUGUUGAAGUGGCUUGACUCUCAGAAACCCAAGUCAGUGGUGUACGUUUGCUUUGGAAGUAUGACGAACUUCAGUGAAACUCAGUUGAAAGAAAUAGCGACAGGACUUGAGGCAUCCGGACAACAAUUCAUAUGGGUUGUGAGGAGGACCGAUCAAGUUCAAGAGUGGUUGCCGGAAGGGUUUGAGAGAAGAAUGGAAGGCAGGGGAGUAAUUAUCAGGGGCUGGGCACCACAAGUGUUGAUUCUGGACCAUGAAGCUGUUGGGGGAUUCGUGACACACUGCGGAUGGAAUUCCACACUAGAAGCAGUGUCAGCAGGGGUGCCCAUGGUGACUUGGCCUGUGUCCGCAGAGCAAUUUUACAAUGAAAAACUUGUGACUGAUAUCCUUGAAAUUGGAGUCCCAGUUGGUGUGAAGAAAUGGGCUAGAGUUGUGGGGGAUGAUAGCAUAACAAGUUCCGCUGUUGAGAGGGCAAUCAAUCGUAUAAUGGUACAGGAAGAAGCAGAGUCAUUCAGAAACAGAGCACACAAACUUGCACAGGUGGCCAGGACAGCCGUGCAAGACAACGGAUCAUCUCACUCUCACUUGACUGCUUUGAUUCAACAACUUCGCUUUGCCACCAUGCCUGCGUUUGCCUUGCCAUAAGAAUCACACUCCCAUUAUGUUUAUUCCAACCACGCCCAAUUUUCUUGUAAUAAAAAUUGAAUGGAAUCUUACACAUCAAUGUGUGGUCGACAACUUAUCAGUAUCCUAAUGAUCAGUUAAUUACCUUUUCAACUUCAUGAAAAGUGUGAAAAGAGUAAUGUUACAUCCUCCUACAAGUAUGGGUGUUAUAUUUAAACAUUUUCAAUCUAGUGUUUUGCCGUUUUGGUGUUAUAAA